CGUUUUUUUGGUUACAAAGCAGGCGCAUCUCUGAACUUGAGGGAAAAAGAAAAAAAAAAAACCUACCCCUAACCUCUCGCCGUCAAACCCCUUCUGAAAGCUAGAGAGCACGCCAUCACCAGGGCCGUCAAACCCCCUCUGAAAUCUAGAGAGCACGCACGCACGCCAUGGGAGGCCUCAAGCUCCCCAUCCCCGGCCAACGCAACGUCCUCAUCACCAGCGCGCUGCCGUACGUCAACAACGUCCCUCAUCUCGGCAACAUCAUCGGCUGCGUUCUCAGCGCCGACGUCUUCGCUCGCUACUGCCGUCUCCGGGGAUACAACACCGUCUAUAUCUGCGGCACCGAUGAGUACGGCACCGCCACCGAGACCAAAGCCAUGGAGGACAAGUGUAGCCCCAAGGAGAUCUGCGAUAAGUACCACGCGAUUCAUCGGCAGGUGUAUGACUGGUUCAAUAUAAGUUUUGACGAAUUCGGGCGAACUUCGACGCCGGAGCAGACGGAGGUGUGCCAAGCCAUUUUCAAUAGGCUGCUGGAGAAUAAUUGGCUCUCUGACAACACGAUGCAGCAGCUCUACUGUGAUACUUGCACACGGUUCUUAGCCGACAGGCUCGUGGAGGGGACGUGCCCAACGCAAGGUUGUGAUUAUACUUCUGCAAGAGGAGAUCAGUGUGAGAACUGUGGGAAGCUUUUAAACCCUACCGAAUUAAAGGAUCCAAAGUGCAAGGUCUGUAAGUCGACUCCACGGAUUCGUGAUACAAACCAUUUGUUUCUGGAAUUGCCUUUGCUGAAGGAUAGGUUGGAAGAGUAUAUUAAUAAAAUGUCAGUGGAGGGGUCUUGGAGCCAGAAUGCCAUUCAAGCGACAAAUGCGUGGCUCAGAGAGGGGCUUAAACAACGGUGUAUCACCAGGGAUCUGAAGUGGGGGGUUCCAGUUCCACAUGAUAACUUCAGGGACAAGGUUUUCUAUGUGUGGUUUGAUGCGCCUAUUGGAUAUGUUUCAAUUACUAAAUGCUACACUCCAGAUUGGGAGAAAUGGUGGAAGAAUCCAGAGGAUGUGGAGUUGUAUCAGUUUAUGGGCAAAGAUAAUGUGCCAUUCCACACGGUGAUGUUUCCUUCCACGCUUCUUGGAACUGGUGAAAAUUGGACUUUAAUGAAGACAAUUAGUGUUACUGAAUACUUGAACUAUGAAGCAGGAAAGUUUUCCAAGAGUAAAGGGAUUGGAGUAUUUGGAAACGAUGCCAAAGAUACAAACAUUCCUGUUGAAGUAUGGCGAUAUUACUUGCUAACCAAUAGGCCCGAGGUGUCGGAUACAUUAUUUACAUGGGCGGAUUUGCAAGCGAAGCUCAACAGUGAAUUGCUGAAUAAUUUGGGCAACUUCAUUAACCGAGUUUUGAGUUUUGUUGCCAAACCUUCAGGUCAAGGAUAUGACUCCAUUAUUCCAGAUGGUCAAGAUGCCAUCUCUGAUCCUUUGACAGAGAAAAUAGCUGAGAAAGUGGGUAAAUAUGUGGAGCAAUAUGUAGAGGCCAUGGAGAAGGUAAAACUAAAGCAAGGACUCAAACUAGCAAUGAGCAUUUCUAGUGAAGGGAAUGCAUAUCUGCAAGAAAGUCGGUUCUGGAAGCUUUACAAGGAAGACCAACCUCGCUGCUCCAUUGUUAUGAGAACUGCAGUGGGGCUAGUGCAUCUUCUUGCUUGCUUAUUAGAACCCUUCAUGCCAUCUUUUUCUGUUAAGGUAUUUAAGCAGCUUAAUCUGCCUCCUGAGACGCACAUAUCACUUUGUGAUGAUAAAGGUGAUACUGAUAGGGCAAGACGGCCAUGGGAGAUUGUACCUAGAGGUCACAAGAUUGGGAAACCAGAGCCGUUGUUCAAGGAAUUGAAUAAUGAUGAAGUAGAUUCUCUAAGGAAGAAGUUUGCUGGAAGUCAGGCCGAUAGAAAGGAAAGGGAAGAAGCUGAAGCAGUGAAGUUGGCUGAGCAGCUCAAGAAAUCAAAAGUUUCAGACAAGAGUGGAAUUUCCAUGAGUUUUCUCGGAUUAGUAUCUAAUUUAUGUGUUUGUUGGUCUGGGACAGAAUCGGAAGGUAUGCGUCCUUUGCAACCUGAAGCCAGCGACCAUACAGCAUAUUAAAUCACACGUGAUGGUUCUUUCUGCUUCAAAUAGUGACCAAACCGCAGUAGCAGCCCCUGAACCUUAUAAUUAGUAUCUGCAUUAUUUGUUUCCAUGGCUUCACAUAACUAAUCAAACCUGCUAAAUUUUGGCUCUGAAUCUUGAUAGUAAUGUAGAAAUUGUUGGGUCUAGAAAGCUAGUGCUUCUAAUAACAGGAGUUAUAACAGCAUAAUAUUUCAAACUUUGACAUGCCAAAUUACUUUGACCAUAGUUUUUUAUCAUAAGAAUGGGUUUUAUUUAUUUAUUUUGUUAAUUUUUUUUAUUGCUGGCCUCCCCAAGUGCUUUCUUGGAUGAAGUUUUGUGAAGCCACAUGCGAUAAUUUCUCUUUCUUUGUUCUGUUCUUGGGCCUUUGUUUUCAAUGACUUUCUGUCUGUCCAUCUAGUAGGAUGUACUUAGAAAACCUAUUACACAGUAAUAUAACUAUGCCACAAUAGUGGGCUCAUGGCUACCGUAGAAUUGGCCAGCACUGAAAAUCAUAUGACUGCCAGAAACCGACUCUUUACAGCGACUACUGCAAAAACUUCUCUGUACCCAAAUUCUUCCUCAAGCAGUCAGUGCAUAAGUUUAUCUGUUUGCAGAGUUUCAGACAAUCUUAGACGUCCAUGCAUGAAUCGAUUUAUACACUGUUUUAUUCCCGAUUGGGGCAUCUUUCAGGUUGAGUUGGUUGAUUCACCAAUAUCUGCUCAAGUUGGGGAGAGAAUUACAUUUCCGGGGUUCGAAGGUGGGCCUGAUGAUGUGUUGAACCUUGAGCAGGUCUGGGAGACCCUGCAGGGUAGAAUUGCACAGUAACACUGAGCUAGUUAGGUGCUACAAAGAUAUUCCCCUCACUACAUCAGCUGGCGUUUGCACUGUUAAAUCUAUUCGUGGUGGCUCAAUUAGGUAGAAGUGGCAUUAAUUCUGUUGCAAGGAAAAGAAGACUUCUUUUUCAUGAUUUUGUGUGUAGAUUAAGAGUACUAUAUUAUUCAGACAGAGUACUAUUUUUGGUAGAGUCAGAAAGUACUGUUGCUAAUA